AUGACAAUUCAAGUUUUUUCCUCCAUUUUCUUCCUCUUGUGUUUACACACUCUCAUAGUUAAAGCACAUCUUCAUGAAUCGAAUAACAACUUUUCGACCCCCUUCGAUUUUCUUAACCGAUUGAGUGGAGUCGCAAAAGGCGAUAAUGUGAAAGGAGUACGCGAACUGAAAAACUAUUUGUCGUCUCUCGGGUAUUUGAAUCACGAUAGCUACCCCAACGAUAAAAAUAAGGAACAUGAAAAUAUCUUUGACGACUCGUUAGAAAUUGCCCUAAAAAAAUACCAAGAAUUUUACGAUCUUAAUAUUACCGGAUUCUUGGAUCCUAUCACCAUAACAAAAAUGCGCCAACCUAGAUGUGGCAUGCCGGACUUCUUCAUCCCGAAUAAAACUACUCCCCCAUUUCACACAAGGUCUUACUAUACUUUUCUUCGGGAUAGUCCCAAAUGGUAUAAGAAAAAUCUCAGUUACAGUUUCGAUUGGAACGUUCUAGAAGGAGCUAAACAACCGUUGGAGCACGCGCUCAAACAAUGGGCAUCGGCUACGCCUUUCAAGUUUCAUUACGUUAAAAUUUUCCGGAAAGCUGACAUUAAGUUUAGCUUCAUGAGUGGGGAUCACGACGACGGAUAUCCGUUCGUGGGGUCUUCCACCGGCAUGGCCCACAGCUUUCCGCCUCCAGACGGGAGGAUCCACUUCGACGUGCAUCGAAAAUGGGCUUGGGUCCAUAAGAAAAACGCAUACGACAUGCAAACCGUUGGGCUGCAUGAGUUGGGCCAUGCACUCGGGCUUGAUCACAGCACGAUUUUUAAGGCGGUCAUGUAUCCGAUUAUUUAUCCGGGUGAAAGAAAAGGAUUGCAUAAAGAUGACAUUGAUGGAAUCAAGGCUUUGUACAAGAAAAUAUUUUGA